AUGGCAGCAUCAGACGAAUUAAAGGACGCUUCUACAGCUAUACCUAUUAAUGAGGUUGGGGAUAAUGAAAUUGCUGCUUUUAUGCGCUACUUUGUCAGUAGCCUUCUGCCGUACGCUAUUGUAUUUGGAUCAGUAAUGCUAAAGGUUCCUCAGAUUAUAAAAGUUCUGCAGCACCAAAGUGCAGAAGGUAUUUCUCUCUCAUCGCUCUGCUUUGAGUUAACUUCAUGUGUGAUAACAACAAGCUGGGGUAUUGCACAGUCUAUGCACCUAAAAGAUUUUGGAGAAAAUAUGUUUAUUAUGCUAGAGAUGGCUUUACUUUUAAUUUUGGUUGGAUACUUUCAAGGGAAAUUAUCAGUUGCCUUAUCUGCGUUUAUUGCUGAAACGAUGGUAUUGAUUGCUUUGUCUGCCGGAGUUCUCUCCCAUGAUUUUCAUGAAUGGCUUCUAAGCAUACAAAUACUUUUUGGUUUAAGCAGCCGUGUUCCUCAGAUUAUAAUGAAUCACAAAAAUCAAUCUACAGGACAUCUCUCAUUUUUAACUUUUUAUUUGGCUUUGGUUGGAGGUUUAUCAAGACUCUUAACGACAUUCCACAAUGUCUCCGCAGAACAGGGCAGAAAUGUACUGCUAACACAGUUUGGAGUCUCUGUAGCACUUAAUACUCUGAUUAUUUUACAAAUUUUGAUUUAUAAAAAGAAUACUGAAGAAAAGUUGAAGCUUGCAAAGAAAAAGGGAUCUGUAAGUGAUGGUAAGAAACAUCAGUAA